AUGGAUUCAAGGUCUAUAGCAGACGUCAAAUAUUUGGAACCGUCUGAUCUAUAUGACUGGAUAACACAAGGCCAUAGUUCUCCAUUUCAAGUUAUCGACGUUAGAGGCUCUGAUUACAUCGGUGGCCAUAUUAUAAACUGUUGGAAUUAUCCAUACAAAAAAUUGACAAGGGAUGAUGCUGGCUUGGAUGACUUGAAGAAAAAUCUUCUAAAAUUGACUCAAGGUACUGAUACUACUAUAAAUGUUGUAUUUCACUGCGCACAAUCGCAACAAAGAGGCCCCUCGGCGGCCGUAAAGUUUCUCAGAAGUCUUAACGAAAAGGAGUUGUCUGUCUUCCACAUUUGGAUACUGAGAGGUGGUUUCAAUAAGUGGCAAGAUGUUUAUGGCGAAGACCAUCUGGUAACUGAAGGGUAUGAACCCGCUUUAUGGGCUUGGUAG